AUGGCCGCUGCAACUGGCGUUCCGGAUACAGCUGUGGACGGCCUGGCGGAGAUGGGCGCUGGUGGCGACGUCCACUUCAUGGUGGCGGGACUUCAGAAGGAGAAUGCGCAUCUCAGGGAGCUUCUGGAGUCCCAAGCCCUCCAGAUAGCUGAGGUUGGGCCCGGCCAGCUGCAGCAGUCGACGGUUGCCGACUCGGGGCUCUGCAGAGGCAGCCGCCAGGGCAAUGCGGGUGCUGCGGAUGAGGAUGCCGUUGACCUCAUGGGAUUGCGGGUCUCGGCGCCGCCUACGACAGCGGCCCUUCCCACUCCCGCUCAGGCCACCAUCCGUGUGGUGUCGGUUACCGCGUUUCUUUCCGACAGCGAUUCUGCUGGGUGCUUCCUGCUGCCGUACAGCAUGCUGUUGUAUUCUGGUCCAAGACCUUUGAACCACCGAAAGGAGGAGGAGGAGGGCACGGCGUUGAUGACAGCGGCGCCGACGGCGCCGGCGGCGGACAGGGGUUUGCACCAUGGCGACCUACGGCGGGGCGGCGGCGGCGGCGGCGGCGGUGGCGGUGGCGGUGGCGGAGGACUUCUAUCCCUCGGCGGCCGCGAGCCGGACUUUGUACAGUAUCUAGGGCACUUGACAGAGUGA